AUGUCGAAAGUAGCUACAAAUUUCGUGAAUCAGUAUAACUUAACUCCUCAGAUGAGUAUAGCUGAGCUUGGUAAUUAUGCUGAAAAAAUAUGUAAAGAGAUUAAAGAUUAUAAAGCCCGUGAUCACGCUCGAAAUAGGAUCCAGAAGUUAGGGUUUAGCAAAGAUCAAACAUAUGCUUUAAUUCCUAUCCAGGCUUCCGGAAGGCGUGUUACAGGGCGAGACCCGAUUAAAAAGCUCGCUCAAUAUAUUAAGGAAAAUGAAAACAAUCUUGAACCUGAAGAAAUAAAUACGCUAGCAUAUAACUUAGCUAAAACAGCUCCCACCAUAAUAGCUCAAUCUUCACGUCUUAAAUUGCUCCGAAAAGAAUUACGCAAACUCGAUGCUGAUUAUAUUACAAUAGAAUCUAUAUAUAUCCCGGAUAUCACUCAAAGAUCAAAUAAAGAACAAGCAAUAAAUCAGGAACUCCGUGAAGAUAAAGGAUAUGAUUGUCCCGAAUUCUUUUACUUGGAAAAUGUCCAGAAAAGACUUAAGGAUUGUAAUACUGCCAAUUCCCCCACAAUGCAAAAUUUAAUGGAUAUAAUGAUAAUGUUAUGUAUGAGGCCAGCGGAUGUUGCAACUCUUCGAAUCAACCACUAUUCACCGAGUAACGAAGAAUGGUAUGAUCCUAAAUAUUCUUGGUAUUGUACUGGUUAUGCGAAAAAUAAAAAUAAUGAGCCUCGUCCAUUUGUAUCUAUGGAGAAAGAUCCAUUACUAGCUAGAGAAUUACUCAUUUGGAUCCAGAAAGCAAUUACUAACGAAUUCCCAUUUUUAAUGAGAGAUAAAGAUGGUGAUGUGAAUGUUUACCCUAUUAAUAAUUUCCUAACUGUUUAUGGAAUAAGCUCAUCAUAUUUGAGAAAAAUCGGAUCUGAUCAUGCUAUUGUUAUUCAUGGAAAUAAGAAUGAUUCCAAACGUAAACGUCUCCGUCAAUUAGCAUUAAGACAGAAGAUUAUCAGCUUCAGUCAUCGUAAUAGUUAA